AUGGAUAGGAAGGUGCUGCUUGCCGCUCGCGUUCGUCCCAUGUCAGAGCGCGAGCUUGCGAUCAAGGGUGAGAGGUGCGUGCGGGUGGAUUGUGACAACGGUUACCUUGCGCUCAUGGAGCCUGACACGCGGGAGGCGAAGGUGUUUGUGCUCGACUACGUGUACGACUCAUCUGCUCCUCCUGGUCACCCUGACGCGCAACAAGGAGCCUCCUACGCCAGCAACCGCACUGUCUUCGCAGACCUCGGGAGGGUGUGCCUGCAGAACUUCUUGGAGGGAUACAAGGUGUCGGUGUUCGUGUACGGACAGGAGGGAACCGGCAGGAGACACACCAUGUUAGGGCAUGAGGUUGACCCCGGCCUCCUCCCGCGUCUGCUGGAGGAGAUUGUCGACCAGCCCGAGGUGACGCACUGA